AUGAGCGCGGAGCGGGAGCAUAGCGUGGCCGUAGCGGGAGCUGUGGGGAGAUGGUUGCAGCGGAGACAAUCGGUUGGGGAGGCGCUUGCCUUGUCUGCGCAGGCGGAGCUGGGGCUUGGGCGGGAGCUUGUGGAUGCGCCGGUGCUCUUCAUUCGAGGACUUACACAACUUAUCUGUCAAAUUGCGGCAAAAUCUCCUGGCGAAUAUGGCGCAAGCAUCACCCAGAAUCCAGGGCCGAGCGGGAACCCUCAGCCUCUGACUACUGGAAACGAGCCAUCACCCGGCGGUGUUGGCCCAGGUCAAAGGGGCAACGAGCCGCAACAGUUCCAAGGAGGAGCAGUCCCAUAUCUCCAUUCUCCGGAAUCGAAUCCAAACCAAGGGCGCCCCUCACUCCUAAGAGUAUUGCUUGUCGUCAGACCAAAGAAGGAUCACUACCGCCUGGCACAGAUCGACGUCAACGACCUCACCACUACAGAAGGCUUCUUCGUUGAUUUACGUUCCGAAUACUUCCGGCUUGUACGCCCGUGGCGCAGAUACCUCAGCGUUUGGCGAUUUUCCCACUGCGAUUUCUACCGCUUCGAGAAAUACGGCGCUUUGGCAUUCGCACCGAGGACGAAGGACGAUUACCCAGACAUUCGGGAUCCUCUCUAUGUGUACCGUCGUACACCCACCAUGCCACCCGUGACCAAGCAUGAAUUCGGAGAUCGAUUCAAUUCCUGCGCCGCACCCGUAUUCUGCCGUCACCACCUCUUCCGAGCAUUCUGCGCCUGCAAGGAUCCGCGCGGGGACCGCAAAGCCCACUCGUCCGAGCUAUUGGAGCUGCUUCCGAAACGGCUCGCGCUGCUGGACGUAGGAAGUGACCAGCGGGAGGAGUUCUUCGGCCUGUAUGCCAAGCCGAAGAUUUCUGGCCUCCGCAUAUUGCUGUACCAUGUUGUUUGUUUUCUGCCCUCGCUGGGGUUCUUGUUCGUGUGGCUUUUUGAGUUGGGUGGAAGGCGCGAGUUGCAGGACGGGUCUAUGCUUUUUUCCCUUACGGCGGGAUCGGUGGGGGUGUUUUGGGUCGCUUUCUCGGUGUUCUGGAAGUUUGGGUAGGAUAUGUGACGCAGCACGGGGUGAAAAUAUACUC